CGGUGAUUGUAAUUGGUUGUUCAAAGCAGCGACGAAGUCCUCUGUCAUCAACGUUAUGUCACGGAGGUUCAUAUGAGUAGUGACUCCAACUUUAGACCGAAAAAGAGCUGGGCAUCGUAGGGCUAAAUGCAGAAGACAGUGGCUGUCCUGGGAGGGGGGAUCGGGGGCCUGUCAGCCUGCUUCCACCUCAGCAAGAGCCCCCAGGUCUCCAAGAUAGUGCUGCUGGAGAGGGCUGGACGGUUCGGAGGCUGGCUAAGCUCAACUCGUAGGGAGGAUGGAGCUGUGUUUGAACAUGGACCCAGAGGGAUUCGACCUGCAGGAGCCGUGGGACGAAACACACUCAACAUGGUGGAAGAGUUGGGGCUGGAGAGCGAGGUCCUGCCAGUCACCUAUGAUCACGUGGCCUCUAAGAACCGUUACCUCUACGUGGGAGGCCAGCUACACAAGAUGCCUUCUGGCUUAGGUGGAGUAGUGCGUACAGUCCCUCCAUUCUCUCGUCCUCUGGUCCAGAGCGUACUGAAGGAGAUAUUGAUCAGCAGAGGAAAGGAGGAGGAUGAGUCUGUUCAUUCCUUCGUGUCGAGAAGGCUGGGCACUGAGCUUGCAGACAUUGCCAUCGACAGCCUGUGCAGGGGAGUGUUUGCAGGGGACUGCAGGAAGCUGAGUGUGCGCUCUUGUCUCCCGCCACUCUACAACGCAGAGAAGGCCAGAGGUUCCAUCGUCCUGGGGAUGUUGCUGGGCUCAGGCCCUGAACCAGAAGUAUCCCCCUCUACCCUUGCCAAGAGGGCCGCUCAGGAGAACUGGGCCCAGUGGUCACUGAAGAGGGGCUUACAGAACCUUCCAGAAGCCCUGGAGGAGAGGAUGAGGAAUGGGGGGCGUGUAGAGGUGCACAAAGACACCCCUGUGAUGGGGCUAAGUACUAAUGGCACCGGCUGGAAGAUUCAACUGGAGGUCGGCACCAUCAAAGCUGAUCAUAUAAUUUCUGCUCUACCCGCAAAAGCUCUGGCCUCAGCACUGCCCUCUGCUGCACAGCCCCUGUCACAGCAGCUACUGGAGAUCGCCACAGUGACCGUUGCCGUGGUAAACCUGGAGUAUGAAGGUUCCAUCCUGCCUGUCACUGGCUUUGGCCACCUGGUGCCAUCCUCAGAAGACAGAGGUCUCCUAGGGGUGGUCUAUGACUCUGUGCCUUUCCCCCAGCACAACCGCACUGGAGGACACACCACCAGACUAACAGUGAUGAUGGGCGGGGCCUGGUUCCAGGAAGUGUUUGGGAAUCCAGAGAAAGUGACUGAGCAGCUCCUCCUGGAUAGGGCUACCCAGGCCGUGACAUCACACCUGGGCGUUACCAAACCACCUAUCUGGAGCAACGUUGCAUUACUCAAGGACUGCAUUCCUCAAUAUUACCUUGGACACUGGAAACGACUUGAAAAUAUGAGACAGUACAUCAAAGACCACAAUCUACCCCUUAGUCUGGCUGGGUCCUCUUAUGAUGGCGUCUCGGUCAAUGAUGUCAUCUUCAGUGGACGGGUGGCAGCAGAGGGCCUUGUGGGAAAAGUCUAACCAGACGUUCAGGUUCCAACCAUGGAUAUAAGCUUAUAUUGUUAAGAGGUUUUGUUUUUUCAAUCGCAUUGCGUUCUACAUUUAGUUUUGCUUUUACACAACUGUAUCACAACCGGCCAUGAUAGGGAGUCCCAUAGGGCGGCGCACAAUUGACCCAGCGUCGUCCGGGUUUGGCCGUCAUUGUAAAUAAGCAUUUGUUCUUAACUGACUUAGCCUAGUUAAAUAAAAAUACUAAUAAAAUGUACAUACAACUUACUAGUCACCCUCUGCAUUUAAGCCCUCUGCAAAGGGAUGUCAUUUUCACGCAAUAUUCUUGAUUUAUAAGCAGCAUAUUUAUGAAGUUUUACAUUUCUGUCUCAUUUCGACAAAGUACAGCUUGAACCUCGAGAUGAUUAUAUCAGAAACAAUAGUCUGUCUGAGACAUCACCACGAGCCUGGAAAUCACAAGUAACCCACAGAACAGGUAACAUUUUAAAUUCAGGAUGAGAUUUCAUCUUUUAGUUAUGGUGCCUUUUUGCUAACAGAAAUCACCGCCCCUUCAUGAAUGUACAGGCAUAUUUGAUGUGGGAGACAUGUACAUGAUGUGAUAAUCAGUGGUGUGUAUAUCCCUACUCUAACUGUACUUUGCAGCCAUCUAUUUUUUUUACCCUAUCCUCUCUGAAUAUAGCAGACAAAUCUAUUAUUAAUAUUAUGGUAGUAUGUGCGCUGAUGUUUCAUAACCGUGGUAACGGAACCACACACACUGAUGUGAUGAUCUCGAUAUGGUGAUCUAUCAUGUAUUUGGAAUCUAAUUACGAUAAUGGAAACUUUUAAUUUAUAGAGUGCAUGUACAGUGGCAAGUGGAUGGCUUGAUAAUGUAUUUUUAUACACAUUUGUUAAAUGAAACUUUAUUAUUUGGAGAAUGUUGCAGAGCAAUAAAUAUGAUGCUUUAUCA